UGGGAAGCACGCGAGACGGUGGCAGAGAGAGUUACGGUCUACACUGAUAUCCGCGGCUGCACCAUGCUUUCCAGCUCCAUCCCGUAUCUGUGGAUUACAUUUUGCCUACAUUUAUGCUGCUGUGUAGAUGGCGGACAAGCACAGAAUGCGAAGGAAGUGAUUCUGCUGGACUCCAAGGCACAGCAGACCGAACUGGAGUGGAUCUCCUAUCCUCCCAAUGGGUGGGAAGAGAUCAGCGGCCUGGAUGAGAACUACACUCCCAUUCGCACAUACCAGGUUUGCAAAGUCAUGGAGCCCAAUCAGAAUAACUGGCUUCGGACUAACUGGAUAGAGAAGGGCACUGCCCAGAGAAUUUUUGUGGAACUGAAGUUCACCUUGAGGGAUUGUAACAGCCUACCCGGGGUGGUGGGCACGUGCAAGGAGACAUUCAAUUUGUACUACCAGGAAACUGAUUCGGAGGUGGGCAGGAGCCUGCGGGAAAACCAGUAUGUGAAAAUUGACACGAUCGCCGCAGAUGAAAGCUUCACUCAGGGUGACCUGGGAGAGAGGAAGAUGAAGCUGAAUACAGAAGUGCGCAUAAUUGGCCCCCUCUCCAGGCGGGGGUUUUACCUGGCCUUCCAGGAUGUAGGGGCGUGCAUCGCCCUGGUCUCUGUCAAAGUUUAUUACAAGAAGUGUUGGUCUAUCAUCGAGAACCUGGCCACGUUCCCGGACACCGUGACAGGAUCAGAGUUUUCCUCGCUGGUCGAAGUGGAGGGCGUGUGUGUAAAUGACGCCGAGGAAGAGGCCGACAAUUCUCCCAAGAUGCACUGCAGCGCUGAGGGAGAAUGGCUGGUUCCAAUUGGGAAAUGUAUAUGCAAAGCUGGAUUUCAUCAGAAAGGAGACGCAUGUGAACCGUGCGGCCGUGGUUUCUACAAGUCUUCCUCCCAGGACCUGCAGUGCUCUCGCUGUCCGGCGCACAGCUUCAACGACCGCGAGGGCUCCUGGCGCUGCGACUGUGAGGACGGUUACUACCGGGCCCUCUCCGACCCCCCGUCUGUGGCCUGCACAAGACCUCCCUCGGCGCCACAGAACCUGGUCUACAACAUCAACCAGACCUCCGUCAGCCUGGAGUGGAGCCCGCCGGCCGACACAGGCGGCCGCAUAGAUGUCACCUACCGGGUCAUAUGCCGGCGCUGCAGCUGGGAACCUGAGGAGUGUGUUGCGUGCGGGCCCAAUGUGGGAUACUCUCCUGCGCAGGCCGGAUUAGUCGAAUCUUAUGUUAGCAUCAUGGACCUUCUCGCCCACGCCAACUACACCUUUGAGGUGGAGGCUGUCAACGGGGUGUCAGAGCUGAGCCGCACACAGAGGCUGUUCGCCGCCGUUAGCAUCGCUACCGGUCAAGCAGCUCCAUCCCAGGUUAGCGACAUCAUCAAGGAGAAGGUGCAGCAGCACAGCAUCCAGCUGUCCUGGCAGGAGCCCCAGCAGCCCAACGGGGUCAUCACAGAAUAUGAAAUCAAAUACUACCAAAAGGACCAGAAGGACCGGGUCUACUCCACAGUGAGGUCCAAGUCCACGUCAGCCACUGUGAACAACCUGAAGCCCAACACCUCCUACGUGUUCCAGAUCCGGGCCUUCACUGAGGCGGGCUACGGCACCUUCUGCCCCCGCCUGGAAAUCACCACCAAAGAAGAAGCCACGACUCUCUACAACGAGCAGAACCCCGUCAUCAUCAUCGCCGUGGUGGCCGUAGCGGGGACCAUCAUUCUGGUGUUCAUGGUGUUCGGCUUCAUCAUCGGGAGAAGGCACUGCGGGUACAGCAAAGCUGAUCAGGAGGGAGACGAGGAGCUUUACUUCCAGUUUAAAUUUCCAGGUACCAAAACCUACAUUGACCCUGAAACCUAUGAGGACCCGAACAGGGCUGUCCAUCAAUUUGCCAAGGAGCUGGACGCCUCCUGCAUUAAAAUCGAGCGGGUUAUUGGAGCAGGAGAGUUUGGGGAGGUGUGCAGCGGCCGGCUUAAGCUGCCUGGAAAACGGGACGUGUCAGUCGCCAUCAAGACGUUAAAAGUAGGCUACACGGAGAAGCAGAGGCGGGAGUUCCUGUGUGAGGCCAGCAUUAUGGGACAGUUCGACCAUCCCAAUGUGGUUCAUCUGGAAGGAGUCGUGACAAGAGGAAAACCGGUGAUGAUUGUCAUCGAGUACAUGGAGAACGGCUCAUUAGAUGGUUUCCUCAGGAAGCACGAUGGUCAGUUCACAGUCAUCCAGUUGGUGGGCAUGCUGCGGGGCAUAGCGGCAGGAAUGAGAUACCUCUCCGAUAUGGGAUACGUCCAUCGAGACCUGGCCGCUCGAAAUAUCCUUGUCAACAGCAAUCUUGUAUGUAAAGUGUCUGACUUCGGCCUGUCAAGGGUGAUAGACGACGAUCCCGAGGCUGUCUACACAACAACUGGGAAGAUGCAGGAUAUAAUGAAUGUGAUGUUUACUCCAGCCACUGACCUGCGUUUUACUGAACAGGGUGGCAAAAUCCCCGUCAGGUGGACGGCGCCGGAAGCCAUCCAGUAUCGUAAAUUCACCUCCGCCAGCGACGUGUGGAGUUAUGGCAUCGUCAUGUGGGAGGUCAUGUCCUAUGGGGAGCGGCCUUACUGGGACAUGUCCAAUCAAGAUGUCAUAAAGGCGAUAGAGGAGGGCUACCGUCUCCCAGCGCCAAUGGACUGUCCCCCCGGCCUGCACCAGCUCAUGCUGGACUGCUGGCAGAAGGACAGAGCCGAACGUCCGAAAUUCGAUCAGAUAGUCGGUGUCCUUGAUAAGAUGAUCCGCAAUCCUAACACACUGAAAACCCCAAUGGGAACAUGUACAAGACCAAUUAGUCCGCUGUUGGAUCAGAGCACACCAGACUUCACCGCUUUCCGCUCAGUAGGAGAGUGGCUGGAAGCCAUCAAGAUGGAGCGAUACAGAGACAACUUCACAGCGGCGGGCUACAGCUCCCUGGAAUCUGUGGCCAGGAUGUCAAUCGAGGACGUGAUGAGCUUGGGAAUCACGCUGGUGGGCCAUCAGAAGAAGAUCAUGAGCAGCAUACAGACUAUGAGAGCCCAGAUGUUGCAUCUCCACGGCACGGGGGUCCAGGUGUGAUCCACAGCGACAGUUUGCAUCAUGCAGGGCGAAGGACUCAAACAGAACUUAUCUGGAGCAGUGCCUGUGAAGUACCCAGGAUAAAUGGUCAUAGCAGAUGGAUAUGUGUCGUGCCUGAGUCUCCCGGCUGAGUCUGGAGUGAAAUCAUUCCUUUGGUCCUCGCUCCGCCUCUUCACAGGGCACUGAAGAGAGGAAAAGAACAAAAAACCGCAACAAAAAAGAAACUACCUGAACCAGAUGACUUUCUUUACUUUUUUCUUUAGAAGCGCUUAUGAACCCAACCACAUAUCAGAUGGUGCAUUGGAAAGGACUUCUGUUUUUUUAAGCUAAUGAAUGAUUUAAAUGCACACGAGGCUAUGGAUUCUCUUCGAAAAGAACAACAAAAACAACUUGUCUACUUGCAGUGGUUUCAUUUACAUGUUUUAUUUGUUAGUUUUCUUUCUGUCGGCUACGAUGACAUGUUGUGGCACCUGCAGCAGUUCUUUUUUUCUCUUCUAUUUGGAUUUGACUACAGGGUAAACUCUCUUUUAUCCAAACACAGAGGGGAACUUUACAGAUGCAGAAUCAAAGGAACUUUUUGUGCUGACACAUGCUGGACUGUUCGAAGUGUUUGCAGUGACUCGUGUUCCUUCAUGUGCUGUGGAAGUGAAAUGGUAUCCUCACAUGUUUGUGUGUAGCCUAAAGGAGAGGGGGUUUUAUGGUUUCAACCUUUCAAUGUUUUUUAUUAUAGAAUUUUCUGAGUGCAACACUGAGGAGGGGAAUCAGCAGACUUUUAUAUCAGAGUAGCAAUAUCCUUUGUCUUAUUGUUCACGACAGGAAACGCAGUCACUUGGUUAUUGAGUAGAAUGUUGCAGCACUGUUGCAUUACUUUAUUGACAUUGAAGCCUCCACAAAUAGUUUUGCCAUCAUUUUACCUAAAAAUGUUGCACACAGUGUUUGUUUUCGGUGCAUUGUUGAGCUGCAAAUCCAGUUUUAAAGGUGGCUCCAAAAACAUUGUAGACAUAAUACUGCCUUAAAAAGUGUUAGCUUAAGUAUUGCCACUAUUUUAGGCACUUAAAUGGCAAUGCUUUCUGCAUUCAUUUAAAGGGAUGGACGAGCUCCCUUAUAUUUUAGUUUUUCUUCUAGUGUGAUGUCUUUUUACCGCUGACUAAAUCUUGAACUGGUGAAAGUGUUACAUGGUCAGCGAGGAAGAGUAGGACUGAAACAGAGCAAUAAUUACCAGGUAGAAACGGUCCUCACCUGACAUUUUUAAGGUGCUAGGUCUUAUCAAAUGUUUGUGCUGUGCUGAGACGAACCCCUCUGGAAAGAUUUAGUCACCCUCGGAAAGGAAAGGAAAGGAAUGUACCUCUUUGACCCCAAAAAAACGAUUUCGGAAAGUGUUCGGAAAAAGUGCCGUGCCAAGUCACCAGAUGAAAUAAUGAUGUUGUAUGAUAUGCUACACGUUUGAUGGAAAGCUAACAUGGCAUGGAAAUGUUAAACUGAAUGGCCGAAGCAAUGAAAGAGGCACCAUUUGCAACACUAGGAAGGUGCCGAUUAGCCAUGCUGAUAUAAUUUCUGGACACCACGCGCUGUCCAGAAUUCAAAGAGCGCCUUCAGGUUUUGGGUCUGAAAAUUAGGACCAAACGAUUUGAGCUGGAGUCAAAUGGUGCUGUUAUAUCCACCCCCCACCCCCCCAGCUUCGUAGGCAGUCACGCAGCUCCCUUAUUUAUUCAUGUGUCUCCGCCGCUCAUCCCUCACAGGCGUAGAUGUGAUGGAACAUGCAUUAAAGUGUCUCUUAAGAUUGCUCCUCUUCUCUUCCAUACGGCUUUGUAUGGAGAACAGAGACGAGGGGGCUUUGCAGAAGAUGUGCUAAAAGCCAAUCAACCUAUUCCGUGCCAUCUGUCUCCACUUCAAAUGCAAAAAAAAGGAGAAAGUUUCCAUGUUGAGUGUGUUUUACUGCAGCAUUCUUUGAUAGGAAUAUGCAGCUGUCAUAGGAUGGUGAAAUAGGCACAGCCAUCACAAACAUAUCUUCCUGCAGCAGUUACCUGAUAUAAGUCCAUAUUUUAAAAAGCUUCAACUGUUUUCUUCUCAAAUGCAUAGAAAAUGCCACAUGAGCAAUCACUGACGGGUAAACCCUUCUUGGUGUUCUUCAUUGUCUCCAUUAUACCCCAUUUAACUGCAUCCACAUUAAGCCAGACGCAUGAAAACCCACAUUUUAGUGCAGAAUAAUCUGCUGCAGCGUCUUUAGAAAAAGGGUCUCUGAUCUUAUCUGCAAAAAAGUGAAAACUGCACAUUUCUCCAAUCCCAGUUUAUGAUUCAAAUCCCUCUUAAUGUUUAACUUCCUGUCCCUAAUCCAGAGAAAUGUAUUAUUUUAGAGGACAACCAAGUCUAGCACAUGCUCACAUUCAAGGUGAAACCUGUGCAUCUUUGUCUACAGAAUAUUUAAAGAGUCAACUUUACAUUUUCUAUUCAUUUCAUUGGCACAGUUGUGUGCAAUCAAAUGAAUAUGUUCCAUUGAGAGCAGAAACAGAACAAUGAAUGAAGAGGACUGUUGAGUUGGCUUCAUUAAAACACGAUGAAUGAUGACAAUAAGCAGCAGUUUUACUAACUUCAGCGACCAGGCUAUGCAGCGACUGAAAGAAGACAACAUUUGCUGUGUCUCUGUUGUCCCACUGCUUCCUGAGGACAGUGAUUUUUUAUGAAAAUGUCCUUAAAAGCUAGCAUGCAUGUCGUUAUUACACCCGAACUGUGUUUUCACAAUGACCCGGCGUUGUGUGGGUGUCUGCUUUGAUCCACUUUCACUGUGGGACUCACCUUUGUGAGAAGACACCAGGAAUUAGCCCUGACCGGCUCUGAGCCGUGUCACCAACGCUCUCCCUUUAUCCAUACAGCAGAGCUCAGCAUUGGGCCUUGGCCAGACCUUUGAAUUGAAUACCGGCAUAAAGUCAUUCAGUCAGCACAAAACUCCCCAGUUUACAGGCAGCACUCUCUCACUCCCCACGCUCCCUGGAGGCCCCUCACUCCCCCCGGGGCCAAAUGCCUCUGUCCCUUUUUUCCUGUGCUGGGGAAACAGCGGUUUGAGCCAAAUUGAGAUUAAGGCCAGGAUACAAUCGAUUCAACAUCACCUGUAACCUUCACUAAGAGAAGUCACACUGAAAAACUAAAACGUGUAAUUAAAUGUAUUAUGUCAACAGCUUUCACGUAGCGUUUCAGGUUAGUUCAAAGCAAUCAUUUAAAGUUGAACCUAUUCAAAACUUAAUACUAUUGCGUUCAACUAACCUUAUACAGUUGUGUGAAACCUAAUACAUUUAAUUAAAGUCCACGUUUUAGUUUUUCAGUGCAGCUUGUUUAAACUUCAGGUUUUGCUCAACUCUCAACAGGAACUGUUCCGUUGUGGCUCUAUAUUAGCAAAAACACAAAAAGAAUAGAAAAAUGUAAAAAAAAGGCAACAAAAAAAUAGCAGACACGUGCAGAAUGUAGAGGGCUGGUUGGAAUCAGGAAUAGAGUACAAGGUUAUUUUUCAAAUAUUGUGUUUCAGCAGUUGGAAGUUAGUCUCACCUCUUGUGCGAUUGGUGGAUGGUUCCAAAGAGCGCAGCACUGUUGAUUGUGUCAGAGAGACGAGAUCUGAGGGAAUCUUUGUAUAUGUUCUAAUUGUAAAACUUGUACAUUUAUUUAUAUUGUUUUUUACACAUAUUACUCAGUAGAGAGCUCUGAAUACAUUGAAAAUGCACUAUAUUUUUCUAUCUCGCAGAUGAAUUAUUGUCACCCACAAGAUUUCAGUUGUACAUAACUUUUCAUUUAGGACCAAAGACAGCUGAUAGGAUUUCCAUCUUUACUUUGACUUUGUUUUGAUUUUGCCUUUUAGUUUGUUGUACAGUAAUGCAAAUUGUCAAUUUAUUAUUUAUUUUUCUGUGAUGAAAGUAUUGAGAAUAUUAACUGGUCAAAAGUAUUUUCCCCAACAGCAGAACUGUACGAUCAUUUAAUUAGACAAUUUCUUGUUACAUAGACGAUUCUUUUUGCUUUGUUACCUUUGUAAUAGACUGUACAUAUAUUUUUGGAAAUAUAAUACAAUCUCUAUAGAAGUUC